AUGAGCAAUUCCAAACUUCGAGUCAUUGCGGUCGGCCACAAUGGCCGUAUCCCUUCGGCAGAGGAGCCGCUCGAAGAUGGCUAUCCCACUGAUCAUGGGGAGACAGCUGCAAUUCGAACAAUUGCUGACGUGUCCGCUGUGAAUUGGGGCAAUGUGGUUUUCGCAACAUCGCUCAGCCCCUGUGUAAUGUGCAGUUCAGCUUUGACAUGGCUAUGGAGCCUUGGACUGCGACAUCUUGUCGUCGCAGAGAGCAGCAGCUUCAGCGGCGGCGCUGCCGCGCUAGCAACGUUGGAAGGGAUGCAGAUAGUGAACCUGUCGAAUGCCCACGCACAGUGCAUGAUGAAGACUUUCGCCACUCGCUUCCCAUGGGAUUGGGCUGCAGACAUUGGUGAGGUGCCACCCAACGACUUGGGGCUUAGCAAACGUUUGCAGACUGAGAACUGGGAGCUGCGUCUCUUUGUGACCAAGAUUGCAAAGGAGCUUGAGAAGCUCAAAAGCCUUGCUGCAGUCGUUGGUCCCACCGGGGAUAUCCUUGCAUCAGCAGCCGAUGAACGUGGUGAAAGCUGUGGCAACGAAACUCGUGCUGCAGUGAUGCUCGCGAUGGGCCGCGCUGGAUCUGCGGCUAACCUGCGUGAGUGCAUCGUUUGUUUCAUGGGGCCCACGGCGGAGCUCCAGGACUUCGGUCCCGUCGCGGUGGGAGCAUGUCAGCUCUUCCGACCAGCGCUGGUCGUCACCACAGCACCGGCGUCUGAGGAGCUCACGGGCUUUGCGGCUGGGAGGACGAUCGCACAAGAAAUGUUUCGGAGCCUCGGCACCUGCCGACUCUGCUGUGAGCAGUUUGUGCAACAGUGCAAAGGCUGCAAAGGAAAAGAGAGGUGGCGUUGGGUCGUAAAGUUGGAUCUGCGAAUCGUUGGCGCGAGCUUCAAGGAGGAGAACAAGCGAACAAAGGAGGAGUGGGUUCGCAAAUCGCAAACCUUCGCCCUUUUUUCCGCCGGCCCCGGACCUAGCGAGCACCUGUGGAUCUGGCAGAUGAUGAAUGGCAGAGAAGCCGGUCUUCUUGGAAUGAGCUUGGUUGCCCUGCCCAGGGCCUGGUUCGCUCAUGAUGUGCACCCCAUCGAUACCUCCACAAACUUGAAUUACAUCGCUUGGGGUCGUGUGGCCACAAGGCACACGCACAACAUUGGGCAUGUGGCCACCUACAACUUGGAGGUCGCAGACAAUAUUCUAGUUCUAGUUUUACAGAGGCAGGUGCAGUCGCAACCUUCGCAAGCUCAAGGGGCAACGUCGUCCACGUUCACUCUGGAUGGCUUGGUUCUGUCACGGACAGACGACCAACUGAACGAUCAGCCCAUAUACAAGUUGUUCGAGAGGGCGUUCUUCUCUGCAGUGCAAUCGGCCGAUUGUGAACAUGCUGAUGAUGGGGGCCUGCAGUGCCGGGACAUCAGAGGAGGCUUCGACCCCAAAAGAUGGGAUCAGCUGACGCAGCAGAUGCGGAGACUCGUAGAGCAUGGGUACAACCACCCGUCCAUAGCCCACGCACUUGCCAUGUCUUUGUACUCCUGGUUCUGGUGGGAAGGGCCAGGCAACGAUCGUGUGAAUGUCGUGACAGGCCGUUUGGCUUGCGAUUUCUUUGCAGCAUCGCUGAGCUUCAACAGCUGCAUGGAUCCCAGCCUUCCACUGCAGGAUUUCUUUCAGCGCAAUUGCCACAUGCGAUGGCGGUACUUGCUGAUGAUAGCAAGUGAGCUUGGGAGAUACCUUGCUGUCACCCAAAUGGAUGUUCGUGCAGCCACGGAAGUCUUGCAGUCUGCGCAGCGGUACUUCCAGAUUAUGCGGCAGCUGCCCGCUUUUGGUCCCCACGCAGGAAAGCUGACAUCUCCCCAUGACAUCAGUCUGAAUGCUGACUACUUCCCGGCAUCCGUGGUCAACCAGGGCCCCAUCUGGAAGAAUGCCAAAAAGCAGGUCCCGAUCGCCGCCUUCCUGGAGGACAACUUCCCCACCAUCAAGGGUGAACUGUUGGCGAUUCUUAACGAGGAGCAUCGCUUCAGCUUGAUGAAUCAGGUCACCCGCAACGCGGAGCCUCAGUUUGGCCCUCGGGAUGACGACUGGCUAACUGCGUACCUGGUGCGUGGAGCGGCAUUCAAUGAGCUGGUCUGCGCUCACGCGCCUCAGACUUGUGCUUUGCUUCGUACCCGCCCGGAACUUGCCGAGUGCCACUCGGGCCUCUCCGGCUCGGGCUUCUUGCGGAUGGGACCAGGAGGCCGGCUCAAGCCACACUUUGGUGGGGCACCACGGCUUAGCGCUCACCUGGCCCUUUUGGUCCCCGACGGCGAGGUGUACAUGUCGGUUGGGCAUGAGACGGCUCGGUGGGUGGAGGGGGAAGUGAUCACCUUUGAUGAUACGUUCAUCCACAGCGUGACCCACAACGGCGACCAGCCUCGUUAUGUGCUGAAUGUGUGGAUGUGCCACCCUUGCGACCCCACCGAGGGUCAUGGCGCUGCAGGGCGCGCAAUCCCAGACUAUUGUGAGGGACCGGAGCAGGGUGUUCUGCCCCCGGAUAUUGCCAGAUGA